AUGAACUCCGAUACCGAUCCCUUUCUCCAAGUACAAGCAGAAAUCCUAUCUACUCUCUCAACAACUCGGCCGCUAUUCUCCUCAUACCAGCGCAUCCGAUCCCUCGCAACCUCGCCGUCGAACCCGGAACUCAUCCAAGCCCGAGAGGAGCUCGAGGGAACGGUCGCGGAUCUCAGCGCGGACUUAAAAGAUCUAGUUGAGAGCGUACGAGUUAUUGAAUAUGACCCGUACAGAUUUGGCCUGGAGCUCGAUGAGGUGGAGCGGCGACGAAAGCUAGUAGAUGACGUGGGCAAGGAGAUCGAGGAGAUGAGAGAAGAGCUGCAGCGGACGGUACAUGAGAAUCGAGGAGCAGCUGGCAAACGAGGGAACGGUUCUGGUACUGCAUCUGGCCUCCCUCCGCCAUCUACGUUUGAUAAUUUGCUAGAUGAGGAGGGAGGACAGGAUCGAGGGGACGAUUAUUACUCUGAGAUGGAGCAGCAGAGGCAGGUCGAGAUGAUGCAGGACCAGGACCAGCAGCUUGAUGGCGUGUUUAGGACGGUGGUCAAUUUACGACAACAGGCUGAUGAUAUGGGUCGAGAAUUAGAGGAUCAGUCUGAGAUGUUGAAGGAUGUUGACACUCUUGCUGAUCGGGUAGGAGGCAAGCUACAAAAUGGCGUGAAGAGGGUUGGACAUAUAAUCAAGAAGAACGAAGGUAAGGAGUCGUCAUCUAUUCCCCCCACGAGUAAGAAACAAAGGCUAAUAUGA